UUCAUUGUGAGAGGGGGAGAGAGAGAUGGGGACGAGAGAAGUGUACGAGGAGAAGCUGAGGAGGGGAAAUUUGCAUCAUGAUCCGACCAUGAAUCCUGGUCUUGGUUCCGCUCGAUGUCCUCGUUGCCUUUCUCUCGUGAACCCUAACUCUGAAACUUUUCAGGAGAAAGGCGAGUGGACUAUAACAUCGGUUUUGCACGACGCAUCUGCUGUGGCUGGUUCAGGUCUUGGGGGUAUGCUUAGUGCAGUCCACGCUUUCAAUACAGGUAUCCCCUAUCUCCAAAAUCGGCUUAAAGGAUCAAAACGGCUCUCCUUUGUUGUGGGGGUGCCAUUGCUGCUAGGGUAUUCAGCUGCAGGGGCUGCCUUUGGAGGUUAUGCACUUCCAAAGUUUGCCCAACUUACAGUCACUUCGUAUUAUGCUUCUUCAAGUGCUUCACAUUAUUGGAUUUCUCUUCUCACCCGCCAUAUUGAAGAAGCCCACACUACUCGUACUCAGAAAGAACAACAAAAAUGAAGCCUUGUAUUUGGGCACAUAAACAAGAAUCCCGAUCCCUGUUCUGUCUGAGAAGUAUAAUUAUCACUGCUACCGGUUUUCCGGCUUGUAGAUGGUGAAGAUUUUGGGUUUUCUUUUCCUAUGCCGUGCUUUCAUUUGGUCUUGGAAAUCAUGUUCUUGAGAACUACGUCCAUAUCAACAUUAUUCCUUCCCACGCCAGUUAUAGGAAAUAUCUUGUAUAUAGCUCCAAUUUUCUAGGGAAAGAUAGGAUGCAAGGAGAUAUACAAAUACAAGGAACAGAAGAGAACAGCAUUCGCCGAGUAUCCUUAUGCGGUAAAAAGAAAAAAGAAAGCAUGUUGUCUACCUAUACCCUCUUGCACUUGCAGCCAGUUGCGAAGAAACGGGGGUAUCGAGAGGGCAGGUUCGUCUUUUUUCUCCUCUCGGGUUCUUUUUUUUUCCUGUUCUUCCGUGUGAAACAUUCUUAUUGCCAAAGUUUGUUCAUCUCCUUAGGUUGUAGUGAAGAACCUUAUCUCCACUAUUUAUUCGUUAUGUAGUUUUGUCCAAAGGUUCGAAAUUUUAAGACAACCUGCUCGUUCAUAUAAUGAUUAAUCAUCGAAUUGUGAGA